GAAGGGAGGACCACAGAGACGCGGCGCCCUCCACCGUCCUAGAGAAGCCGGAGCGGCACAAGCGCUGCAGCCUCCACCUCUCUAGUGCGGGGCUCUGGCCCGCGCAGAACGUGGUGAUCUGGGCGUGGGCUUGGCCAGGCUGGCGGGGCGUGGAGUCUGGGUGCUGCCAGGGUGGCUCCCGGGCGCGGGGCGGUUAUGUCAGGCUCGCCCCGGUCCGGAGCGUCCCUCCCCGACACCGAGCAGCCCCGGAUAGGGCCUGGCGCGCGCUCGCUUCCCCGGAGGGCGACCCGGGCCAUGGCGACCGCGGCCUUGGCGAGCAGGGCCCGCUUCGGCCCUGCACUCGAGCUGCUGCCGGGACAGCCCGCACCGGCCCGGGCGCGCCCGGAGUCACUGACCUUCGAGGAUGUAGCCGUCUACUUCUCUGAGAACGAAUGGACUGGCCUGGCCCCUGCUCAGAGGGCCCUGUACAGGGAUGUGAUGCUGGACAAUUAUGGGGCUGUGGCUUCCCUGGCAUUUCCAUUUCCCAAACCGGCUCUGAUUUCCCAGCUGGAGCGAGGGGAAGCACCCUGGUGCUCGGCUCCUCAGGGAGCUCUGGAUGGAGAGGGCCCGAGGGGCAUCUCCUCAGGAUAUCCAUUUCUAAAGCCUGCCGGGAUCUCUCAUCUUGAGCAGGUGGAAGAGCCAUUGAACCUGAAACUGCAAGGAGAGAGUCCAAGCCUAAUUUGUAAUGAGGGUGUGUUGAAGAGUGAGGAAGAAAAUUUUAUUCUGAAGGAGGAAAUUUUUGAGGAGGCACAGGAGCACAUGGUGCUAUCAAGUGGACCCCAGUGGUGUGGAUCCCAAGAAUUCUGGUUUGGAAAAACCUGGGAAGAGGAGAAAAGCAGGUUAGGGAGAUGGCCUGACUACCCCAAUGGAGGAAGUGUGGAGAACUCUACGAAUGAUAUUAUAGAAGUGAUUGUCAAAGAUGAGAUGAUCUCAGUAGAAGAGUGUUCAGAGAAUACUGAUGUUAAUACUCACCUUGUUGUACAUCAGCAAAUUCUAAGUGAGCAAGUAUUCUACACAUGUGAAGAAUGUGGCAAGUGUUUUGAUCAAAAUGAAGACUUUGAUGAACAUCGGAGAAUUCAUAAUGGAGAGAAGGUCUAUGGAUGUAAGGAAUGUGGGAAGACUUUCAGUUUUAGAUCACAUUGCAUUGCACAUCAGAGAAUUCACACGGGGGUGAAACCCUACAUAUGUCAAGAAUGUGCUAAAGCCUUUGUUUGGAAGUCAAAUCUCAUUCGGCACCAGAGAAUACAUACUGGAGAGAAACCCUUUGAAUGUAAGGAAUGUGGGAAGGGCUUUAGUCAGAACACAAGCCUUACACAACAUCAGCGAAUCCACACUGGGGAGAAACCAUAUACAUGUAAGGAAUGUGGGAAAAGCUUUACUCGGAACCCAGCCCUUCUUCGACAUCAGAGAAUCCACACCGGGGAGAAGCCUUAUGAAUGUAAGGACUGUGGGAAAGGCUUUAUGUGGAACUCAGAUCUUGCUCAGCACCAGAGGGUCCACACUGGGGAGAAGCCUCAUGAAUGUGCUGACUGUGGGAAAAGCUUCAUUUGCAAAGCACACCUUAUCCGACAUCAGAGAAUCCAUACUGGGGAAAGACCCUAUAAAUGUAAUGACUGUGAGAAGGCCUUCAGUCAGAAUUCUGUUUUGAUUAAGCACCAGAGGCGCCAUUCUAGAGAGAAAUCCUACAACUGUCAGAUCUCUCACCUUGAACAUUAGAGAAUGCUUAAGGGUGACACUUGUUUAUAAUUCUUAUGCUACAGGAACCCCAGAGACAAAAUGAGAUGACAGUCCACAAUUUGCUAUACCUCGAAUAGCCAAUAUUAUCUUGCGCCUUCUGAACAGAUACCCUGUACUCUAGCAAGACUGGUUCCCUUGUUUAACCACGUUUAUACUAGGCAACAUUUGGUUUAGCACCUACUCUGUGUCAGGUACUGUGCUAACCACUUUACAUACAUUCUUUAAUUUUUCUUAACCCUAUUAAGGUAGAUACUCUUACCUCCAUUUUACAAAUAAGAAAUCUGAGGCUGAAAGGGUUAUAAAACUCAUUCAAGUUUGCUCAGCUAGUUAUGGAUUGGAACCAGGUUUGUCUGACUCCAGAUUCUGUGUUCUUUCUUUGUGCACAUUUCUGCUUCUGUCUAUUGUUAUUUUCUCAAGUUUCCCUGGGCCAAAAGUUUCCCUUCCUUAUCUAAGACCACAGUUCCUUCAACUGAGCAGACCUUUCUUCCUCUUCUGCUUGUAAUCAGUACCACCCAAGUUGGUAUUUAAUUAUGUGCUGCCUUAUAUUUUUCUAAUUGUCUCAUGUCUGUUAGUCCAGCUAAAUGUCUGCAUCUAAAUGGCUCUUUGAUGAUCUAACACUGCAUUUCUUUUAUGUUUUUCAGAUUUUGAAACUUAUUUACUUUUGAUUAGAUAUAACAAGCUUAUGAUAAAAAAAAUGAAAUAGUUCAAAAAGGUGUUCAGUGAAAAGUAAAUUUCCUUGUCACUCCUGUCUCCCAGUCCUCCUCAGAGACAAUCAUUGUUACUAGUUGUGUAUCUUUCUGGAUAUAUUCUUUCUACACAUAUACAAGUAUUUAUUAAUGCUGCUUUCGUAAGUCUACCUCACUGGAAACUGUUAUUUGAUGUAGAUGACAUUGCAGUUACAUUGUCAACUCCAGGACCUCCUCUUCCUCAGAAGUUGUGAUUCUCCUGAGAUCACCAAGGUAACUUAAGGAAAGCAGUGGAGGGUAAUCCGGGGUAUGCAAUCUUGGGAGACCUGAUUGCCCUUGUGUUAUAAGAAGUGCUCUGAGACUGGGAAAAUGUAAACCAAGUGGGAGAUUUUUUUCAUAAAAAUUUGUGUA